UCGGCCCCCCUCCGCGCUUCCGGUUCGCCGAGCCCCGGCGGUGGCAGCAGAAGCAGCACCAGAAGGUUCCUGCGCCCGCCUGAGGAACAUUUCAGGAAGACUGAAGAUACCUUGGGAUUUACAGAACAUUGGAAGGGAUUAAAUAUGUCCAAAAUAACUACAGAACUUCUGUUGGAAAGAGCAGUGCCCAAAUCUACAAGGCUACGAAAGAUCAAAACGCUGAACCUGUCCAGGUUGCAAAUAACCACAGAAGAUUUGGAACCACAGUUAUUCUCUCAUCUCCGCCAUCUCCAGGAACUUGAUCUCUCUGACAAUCUCUUAGAACGGCUUCCUGACAAUCUCAGUUUGCCAAACCUCCGCAUCCUAAACUGUAACAACAAUCACCUGGAAGAUGUGACAGCCCUGCAGCAGUUUCCACAGCUGGAGGAGCUUACCUAUAUCAACAAUGUAUACCUGACACCCAGCGAUGAUUAUAAGGCUGUGUUUCUUUUGCAAAAUCUCCGUCAGUUGAAUGGCAAAGACAUUACUAAGCUGGCCAAUCAUGUGAGAGUCGUCAACAGUCGAGAGCUGACUAGUAGGGUCUCUGCUCAUUGGGGGAAAAAUUUUCGGAACCAGAUGCCUAAAACGCUGUCUCCUGAACAACUGAAAUCAAUUAGAAAAAAGUUCAUCAGGUCGGCACAAGCUCACGUAGUACAUGGUCCCAGCUCGCUCAGUGAUUUCACACGAUGGAGGGUGAAAAUGAUUGCUGAGGAAUUCCUGACUUCAUUGAUCAGUCAGGAACAUAAGCCUGCUACAGAAGCAGCAGAAUCAAUGGAGGAGCAAGAGGAGGAGGAGGAGGAGGAGAAAGAAGAGGAGGAGAAAGAAGAGGGAGAAGAAAUUAAAAAGAAUACUACAGAUGCUGAAAACAAAGUUACUGCUAAGGGCACGGUAACUCCCAGCAAGAGGAAAGGGGCUCGUUCCAAAGGAAGAGCAAGGAGCAAGCGAUCCCGUUCCCAAAGCAGCUCCAAGGAGGAAGCAUCGCCCAGCCCCAAGAAGCUCAGCCGCCUGCAGGACGAACACAACCCUGAGGGGACAAGAGCCUCUCGCCCACAAGCCAAGGAGUCCCAGACCCCUCCAGAUCCUGACGGAGCCCAUCGGAAUGGAGGGCGGCUUCCAAAAGCACAAAGCCACAAAAAGGUCACUCAGCAGAAAGAAGAGCACGAAGAGGAAGAGGAGGAUGCAAGAGAUGUUUGUAGCACUCCAGUUAAGGACUUGGAAUGUGAGGAGACAAUCAGCCUGGAGCCUGUCCAUUUUCUACAGUGUCAUAGUAAGGGCAACAACAGGGAUGACUUCAAGACCCAGUUAUGGGCCUGUGUUUUUGAGCCACCACUAGAUUGUGGGACGAGAAAAGACCCUGUGGUGAGCUCCUCUAGGACAGCAGCUACCUGUGGUGGAGAUUCUGUUUGUUUGGUUGACUGUGAAACAGGCAUUGUUUUGAAAAAGUACAAAGUGGCUGGGGAGGAGUUUUACACUGUCACAUGGACAACUCUGACAAUGGUGACCAGCGAUGGGAGAAAGAAAAGACACAAUGUUCUGGCUGCUGCUGGGAGAAGAGGCAUUGUGAAGCUCAUUCAUGUGACUGCCGAUUACUGUUAUGGAGAGAUCAAGGCUCACAAGAAGCCCAUUGCUACUGCCUGUUUCAGCCCAACCUGUGAAACGCACCUUUUCACCGCCUCCUAUGACAAGAAAAUAUGUGUAUGGGACAUUGGCAUUCCAGACUGUGACUAUAACUUCAAAGAAAGGCAGCUGAUAGUACUGGAGACUAUUGCCACACCUUUACGUAUCGCCCUAGUGCCCUCUUGCCCAGAUCGGUUCUUGGUGGCUGGUUGUGAACAGGGCUGCUUUGCCUGGGAUAUUAGACUGGAUGAUAAGCCACAGAAAAAUAGAGCUUUUGAAGUUGAAUUUCAGUUCCCAGAUGAUGAAGGGAAUGACACGUCUUCCCACCGGGUGGACGGCCUGGCCUUUUUGAAUGAAGACAUUGUGGUGACCAAGAGUUCAAAAAGAGCAUCUAUAAACCUCUGGAGCUGGAGUCGCUCUUUCAAACAAGGCAAAGGAGGGCGGAGGACGGUGCAGGCUGUCAUUCUGGCUGAACUGGAGUGGUCUUCAACAGAUCUCCCUUACCUCACUCUCAGCACAUGCCCAACAGAAGAAUAUGUGUUCUGUGGUGAUGAGAAAGGAAGCGUCUGGAUGUACGACCUCAGCAACCAUUUGUCAGCUCUUUGUGCCACCAAGGAGGAUUCUUCAACUGAGAGAAUAGGGCCUUCUCAGGUUCUAAAGUGGCCAGAAUUGAAGGCAAAUGGCGAGUUGCUGACAGAUGUCUUGGUGAACAACGUGGUCACAGAUCCCACUUUCACAUAUCUGGUCGCGCUGACCGACGUCAACAUUGCCGCAAUAUGGAAGAAAGCCUAGCUGUGCUGGCUUGGCCCGGAAGGAGCAGCCCCAUUUUUUCAACCACAUUUCAGUAGUGCAGUAUUUGUGACUGUUCUGAGAAUAAUCAGGGUGGGG